UGCAAGUCUCUUCGUUUGUGUCCCUCUCUCUAGUGUCACGCUUGAGUCCCGACGGGCCGCCGCAAGCCUCGACAUGUCUUACAACUACGUGGUAACCGCCCAGAAGCCCACCGCCGUGAACGGCUGCGUGACCGGACACUUUACUUCAGCUGAAGACUUAAACCUGUUGAUUGCCAAAAACACGAGAUUAGAGAUUUAUGUGGUCACCGCGGAGGGGCUUCGGCCCGUCAAAGAGGUGGGCAUGUACGGGAAGAUUGCGGUCAUGGAGCUUUUCAGGCCCAAGGGGGAGAGCAAGGACCUGCUGUUUAUCUUGACAGCAAAGUACAAUGCCUGCAUCCUGGAGUAUAAGCAGAGUGGCGAAAGCAUUGACAUCAUUACGCGAGCCCAUGGCAAUGUUCAGGACCGCAUUGGCCGCCCCUCAGAGACUGGCAUUAUUGGCAUCAUUGACCCUGAGUGCCGGAUGAUUGGCCUGCGUCUCUAUGAUGGCCUUUUCAAGGUUAUUCCUCUAGAUCGUGAUAAUAAAGAACUCAAGGCCUUCAACAUUCGCCUGGAGGAGCUGCAUGUCAUUGAUGUCAAGUUCCUGUAUGGUUGCCAAGCACCUACUAUUUGCUUUGUCUACCAGGACCCUCAGGGGCGGCAUGUGAAAACCUAUGAGGUGUCUCUCCGAGAAAAGGAGUUCAAUAAGGGCCCUUGGAAACAGGAAAAUGUAGAAGCUGAAGCUUCCAUGGUGAUCGCAGUCCCAGAACCCUUUGGAGGGGCCAUCAUCAUUGGACAGGAGUCAAUCACCUAUCACAAUGGUGACAAAUAUCUGGCUAUUGCUCCUCCUAUCAUCAAGCAAAGUACCAUUGUGUGCCACAAUCGAGUGGACCCUAAUGGCUCAAGAUACCUGCUGGGAGACAUGGAAGGCAGACUUUUCAUGCUGCUUUUGGAGAAGGAGGAACAGAUGGAUGGCACCGUCACUCUCAAGGAUCUCCGUGUAGAACUCCUGGGAGAGACCUCUAUUGCUGAGUGCUUGACAUACCUUGAUAAUGGUGUUGUGUUUGUCGGGUCUCGCCUGGGUGACUCCCAGCUUGUGAAGCUCAACGUUGACAGUAAUGAACAAGGCUCCUACGUAGUGGCCAUGGAAACCUUCACUAACCUAGGACCCAUUGUGGAUAUGUGUGUGGUGGACCUGGAGAGGCAGGGGCAGGGGCAGCUGGUCACUUGCUCUGGGGCUUUCAAGGAAGGUUCCUUGCGGAUCAUUCGGAAUGGAAUUGGAAUUCACGAGCAUGCCAGCAUUGACUUACCAGGCAUCAAAGGAUUAUGGCCACUGCGGUCUGACCCUAAUCGUGAGACUGAUGACACUUUGGUGCUCUCUUUUGUGGGCCAGACAAGAGUUCUCAUGUUAAAUGGAGAGGAGGUAGAAGAAACCGAACUGAUGGGUUUUGUGGAUGAUCAGCAGACUUUCUUCUGUGGCAACGUGGCUCAUCAGCAGCUUAUCCAGAUCACUUCAGCAUCGGUGAGGUUGGUCUCUCAAGAACCCAAAGCUCUGGUCAGUGAAUGGAAGGAGCCUCAGGCCAAGAAUAUCAGUGUGGCCUCCUGCAACAGCAGCCAGGUGGUGGUGGCUGUGGGCAGGGCCCUCUACUACCUGCAGAUCCAUCCUCAGGAGCUCCGGCAGAUCAGCCACACAGAGAUGGAACAUGAAGUGGCCUGCUUGGACAUCACCCCAUUAGGGGACAGCAAUGGACUGUCCCCUCUUUGUGCCAUUGGCCUCUGGACAGACAUCUCGGCUCGUAUUUUAAAGCUGCCUUCUUUCGAACUACUGCACAAGGAGAUGCUGGGUGGAGAGAUAAUUCCUCGCUCCAUCCUGAUGACCACCUUUGAGAGUAGCCACUACCUCCUUUGUGCCUUGGGAGACGGAGCACUUUUCUACUUUGGGCUCAAUAUUGAGACAGGUCUGUUGAGCGAUCGUAAGAAGGUGACUCUAGGCACCCAGCCCACUGUAUUGAGGACUUUCCGUUCUCUUUCUACCACCAACGUCUUUGCUUGCUCUGACCGCCCCACUGUCAUCUAUAGCAGCAACCACAAAUUGGUCUUCUCAAACGUCAACCUCAAGGAAGUGAACUACAUGUGUCCUCUCAAUUCGGAUGGCUAUCCUGACAGCCUGGCGCUUGCCAACAAUAGCACCCUUACCAUCGGCACCAUUGAUGAGAUCCAGAAGCUGCACAUUCGCACAGUUCCCCUCUAUGAGUCUCCGAGGAAGAUCUGCUACCAGGAAGUAUCCCAAUGUUUCGGGGUCCUCUCCAGCCGCAUUGAAGUCCAAGACACGAGUGGGGGCACAACAGCUUUGAGGCCCAGUGCAAGCACCCAGGCUCUGUCCAGCAGUGUCAGCUCCAGCAAGCUAUUCUCCAGCAGUACAGCUCCUCAUGAGACCUCCUUUGGAGAAGAGGUGGAGGUGCACAACCUACUUAUCAUUGACCAACACACCUUUGAAGUGCUUCAUGCUCACCAGUUUCUGCAGAAUGAAUAUGCCCUCAGCCUGGUCUCCUGCAAACUGGGCAAAGACCCCAACACUUACUUCAUUGUGGGCACAGCAAUGGUGUAUCCUGAAGAGGCAGAGCCCAAGCAGGGUCGCAUUGUGGUCUUUCAGUAUUCAGAUGGAAAACUACAGACUGUGGCUGAAAAGGAAGUGAAAGGGGCCGUGUACUCUAUGGUGGAAUUUAACGGGAAGCUGUUAGCCAGCAUCAAUAGCACGGUGCGGCUCUAUGAGUGGACAACAGAGAAGGAGCUGCGCACUGAGUGCAACCACUACAACAACAUCAUGGCGCUCUACCUGAAGACCAAGGGCGACUUCAUCCUGGUGGGCGACCUCAUGCGCUCAGUGCUGCUGCUCGCCUAUAAGCCCAUGGAAGGAAACUUUGAAGAGAUUGCUCGAGACUUUAAUCCCAACUGGAUGAGUGCUGUGGAAAUUUUGGAUGAUGACAAUUUUCUGGGGGCUGAAAAUGCUUUUAACUUGUUUGUGUGUCAAAAGGACAGCGCUGCCACCACUGACGAGGAGCGGCAGCACCUCCAGGAGGUUGGUCUUUUCCACCUGGGCGAGUUUGUCAAUGUCUUUUGCCAUGGCUCUCUGGUAAUGCAGAAUCUGGGUGAGACUUCCACCCCCACACAAGGCUCGGUGCUCUUCGGCACGGUCAACGGCAUGAUAGGGCUGGUGACCUCACUGUCAGAGAGCUGGUACAACCUCCUGUUGGACAUGCAGAAUCGACUCAAUAAAGUCAUCAAAAGUGUGGGCAAGAUUGAGCACUCCUUAUAUCCUUUUCAGAGCCAUCUGCUUACUGGAAAGCACAUCCUGGCAUAUGUGGCACAUGCAGUCACAUUACCCGGAAGCUGUUACAUGUCUUGGUUAGGUUCCUAUACAGAAUAGGUUUUUUGCUUUGUUUUGUUUUUGACUUUUUCAUGUGGAAAAUUUCAAACAUACACAAUAGUGAGAACAGUAUGACGACUCCCAAAGCAAGUACUUAUCACCCACCUUUUGCUGGUCCGUCUUGGAAAUGUACAUUUGUACUCCUGAAAUGUGUCCACCUCUGGCCUUCUCACUGUGGAACGCCAAAUAUAAGUUUAGAUUACAAAACAGGCGCACAUCCUUUCAGGGAUCUUGUUGAGGGCAGCAGUGUCUGAGACUAGAGAGACUACCAGAAGAAGGUAAAAGGUGAAGAAGCGGAAAAUGCCAAAGCUCAAGAAUCAGCCACCCUGGGACCUUCAGAAUCCAAGUGCUAUUGGAAAUAUGGUUAGUACAGGAAAUACAAAGGGCCGUCCCCGCCCCUGCUGGAGGUGGGAGGAGCUCCUGCCUGUGACUGUGGUAGUCAAGGAGGGCUGAUGGGCUGACUGCUAUUUUUUGGCUAACUAGCAAGACUUGACAGCCCUGUCUCACUGAGUCUCCGUUUAUUUAUUUACAGAGCUGCUGCUUUUCUUUCUUUCUUUUUUUUUUUUUUUUUUUUGAGAUAGGGUCUUGCUCUGUUGCCCAGACUAAAAUGCAGUAAUAGGAUCAUGGCUCACUGCAACCUUGACAUUCUGGACUCAAGUGAUUCUCCCACCUUAGCCUCCUGAGUAGCUGGGACUUAGGCACAUGCCACCUCACCUGGCUAAUUAAAUUUUUUUUUUGUUUCUUAGAAACAGGAUUUCACUAUGUUGCCUAGGUUUGGUUUUGAACUUAAGGACUCAAACGAUCCUCUUGCCUCAACCUCCCAAAGUGCUGGGAUCACAGAUGUGAGCCACCACCACACUGGCCCCUCUGUGGAGCUUUGGGGCAAGACUUAGAUGAGUGGUUCUUGUGCAUCAGCUUCGCCUAGAGUGCUUUAAAAGAACUUCCAUACACAUACAGGCUUCACAUUCAUAGAAUCUGAUCUGUACUUUCAAAAACUAUUUUGAAGAUCACCCCAAUUAUUCCUUAACUCAUACGUCCACCUGGAGAUCCUUUCACACCGAGCGGAAGACAGAACCAGCCACAGGCUUCAUCGAUGGUGACUUGAUUGAGAGUUUCCUGGAUAUCAGCCGCCCCAAGAUGCAGGAAGUGGUGGCAAACCUACAGUAUGAUGAUGGCAGCGGUAUGAAGCGAGAGGCCACUGCGGACGACCUCAUCAAGGUUGUGGAGGAGCUAACUCGGAUCCAUUAGCCAAGGGCAGGGGGCCCCUUUUCUGACCCUCCCCAAAGGCUUCACCCUGCUGCCCUCCCCCUCUUUUCCACCAUCAUCUUCUCGGCCAUGGGAGGCCUUUCCCUAAGUCAGCUGCCCCCAAAGCCACAGUUCCCCUACGUGGAAGUGGGGCAGACUUCAUAGAGACCUGGAAUGAGCUGAAGGUGAAACAUUUUCUCCCUGGAUUUUUACCAGUCUCACAUAAUUCCAGCCAUCACCUUGGACCACCAAGCCUUCAUUGGUGUUGACAGUUGUCCUCCUUCCAGGGAGGGAUUUUGAAGUUCUUUGGCUGAAAGGAAGCUGUGUGUGUGUGUGUGUGUGUGUGUGUGUGUGUGUGUGUGUGUGUGUCUGUGUGUGUAUGUGUGUGUGUGCGCGCGCGUGUGCGCAUGUGUGUGUGUAUCUCACACGCAUUGUCCUCUGUCUUUUAUUUAGAUUGGCGUUGUAGGGAGUUGUGGGUAGUGGGGAAGAGGAUUGGGAGGGUUUCAUUGUUUAUGAAGUGUGAGACCUUCCUUUUACUUUUCUUCUGUUUCCUCUGAGAGCAUCAGCCCUAGAGGCCUGGCUGCCAGGUGUAUAAAACCUGGAGAUGGUGGAUGAUCCCCAUGCCACAGCCCUUUUGUCUCUGCAGACUGCCUUCUUCGGAAAGAAGGAGGUGGGAGGAUGUGAAUUGUUAGUUUCUGAGUUUUACCAAAUAAAGUAGAAUCUAAGAAGAAAA